AUGUCACAAAUAUUUGAAGAUAAGUAUAAAAAGGGAACAAAAUUACAGGUUGCUAGCCAUGAAGUAAUAAUAGAGAACUAUUUAACUAGUGGUGGCUUUGCACAAGUUUACACAGCAAGAAUUACUUCAGAGCAUAAGAAUUUGUACCCUGAAUUGACAUGUUUGAAGAGAGUAAUCGUUCCUAAUAAACAGAGUUUGAAUAUUUUGAGAGCAGAAGUAGAUGCUAUGAAAAUACUCAAAAACAAUAAAUAUAUUGUUUCAUAUAUUGAUUCGCAUGCUAACCGUUUGCAAAAUAGUGAAGAUUCAUACGUGGUGUUACUAUUAAUGGAAUAUUGUUCUGGUGCAGGAUUGUUAGAUUUUAUGAAUUUAAGAUUAAAAGAAAGACUAAAAGAAGAAGAAAUAUUGAAAAUAAUGACCGAUGUUUCACAAGGUGUGUAUCAUAUGCACCAAUUACAACCACCGUUGCUUCACAGAGAUAUAAAGAUUGAAAACGUUUUGCUUUCUGGCGAUGGCAACUUUAAACUAUGCGAUUUUGGGUCUGUAUCUGGAGUAUUACGAUCUCCAACUUCAUCAGAAGAAUUUGUAUAUUUACAGAAUGACAUUUUAAAAAAUACAACUGCACAAUAUAGAUCUCCAGAGAUGGUAAAUUUAGCCUUGGGUUUUCCAAUAAAUGAAAAAUCAGACAUCUGGGCUUUAGGUAUUCUACUUUAUAAGUUAUGCUAUUAUACAACUCCAUUUGAGGAACAUGGAUCUAGAGCAAUAAUGGAAGGUAAGUUUACAUAUCCUGCUUAUCCACAAUACACUGAUUCAUUAAAAAAUAUUAUACGCGUUUUGUUAUCCACCAAUCCCAUCCAAAGACCUAAUAUAUGUCAAUUACUGGAAGAAUUAUUUAGGAUACAACACAAAUCAUCACCCCUUCCAAACUUCUAUGUCCAAAGGGCGAUGUCAUCUCUACAAAUGGAUACAACCCAACCUCACAGAAUCCCAAUCUUGAAAUACACACAAAUGUCCAAACCAGUUAUAUCUUCACAAAGUUCACCUAGUAAACAUUGUCAAACUUUCAGUCAAAAAGAUUAUCCUUACAUUCAGCCAAACUUGUCAAAUAGUGCCAGAGCAAAAGAUUAUUAUUUAGGAGGUUCUUCCUCAACCGAUACCCUAGAGAGUAGUUUAUCCAAACAACUUUCCGAAGACAGAGUAUAUGAUGUUAAUGUAAACACGAUGGAUAGUCAUUGUACCUACAGACGUAAAUUGACGCCAAAUUAUGACCAUGCUCUGAAAAAAGGUUCAUCACCUUCUAUCAAUGACAAUUCAACACUUAAUAAUAUGACUUCUCUGAAACAUGAACAUUCAUUCAAUUCAAGAGAAGCUUAUAUACAUCCAGAUUUUAGCGGAAGUAAACAUUUUAUAACUUCCAAUGAUGCUUUAAACCUAAACUGUAGAACUCCAAGAUCAAGAGAUUCUUCUAUAAAUUCGAAUUCAUCAGUUGAUUCUAUUUCUCGAAAUUCCACUGGAGGGAGUUUAAUAAAAUCUCUUGGCACCAAAAUUAAGUUAACAACCACUGGUGGGAAGAGAUCUCAGUCUCCAAUAAAAUCAAGACAAAAUACAGGUGAUAGCAUUCGUUCUGCAUUCAAUAAGGUACGUCAGGGUAUUAAUUUAAGAAGUAGUAGAAUAUCAUCAAAUGAUUCGGUUGUUCGUAACUCCGAACAAUUUGGAGGAAUACCUGAAUUAUCAAAUGACAACAAAUAUCAAUUUGAUACCACAUCAAAAAAUAGACACGAAUACAAUUCACUAUCUAGAAAACUAUCCCUAUCUAGUCAAAAACAAAACUCAUUGAAUGAUAGUACGUCUAACGAUCCAAUUAUUUUAAUAACUAACCUAGAAGCUAAAAAGUCAAUAAAAGACCGAGUUCAAGCCUUAAUGAAAUCUUCUAGCGAUAACCAUGUCAUAAUCAGUGCCCAUGGGUAUGGAAAAUACACAGAUAAUAAGUCAAGUAUUAAGCAUUUCAAAUCAAAUAUCGAACAUUUAACUGCAUAUGGGAAUAUGAAUGGACAUCUGAAAACAGCUCAUCAUCUAAAAGCCAAACCAAAGGUUCCCACUAAACCGGUGUUUCUAAGGUCCCCAUGA